AUGGAUGAGAUUCAUCAAGAAGAAGACGAAUAUGAGCCUAGCCAUCACCAAUUGCAAUCUGAUAAUGAAGAGCGCGUUGAUCGUCAAGGAGGAGAAAAUGAGACGCCUAACAAAUGCAGAAGCCCUAUGAGUAUUAUUAAGGAGUGGGUUCCUGUAUGUGAAGAGGAUUUGAAACCAAAAGAAGGUAUGGAGUUUGACAACCUGGAGGAAUGUGAAAAAUUCUACAAAAAAUAUGCUCAUCAAGUCGGUUUUAGUGUCCGUAAAUCAUCUACUAAAAGGGAUAAAAAAACUGGAUUGUUGAAGUAUAAAACUUGUGUUUGCGCAAAAGAGGGUUUUAGAGAAGCUAAAUACGCAGGUAAGCAAAAAGUAAGAAAUGUGAAAUUGAGUAGGGAAGGUUGUGAGGCUCUGGUUAGGUUUAAACGAACGUCGGAGGGUAAAUAUGUAGUGUACAAAUUUCAUGAAGGUCAUACUCAUUUACUUGCAACCCCUAGAAAGUGUCACAUGCUAAAAUCUAAUAGGGAAAUUACUAAUGUUCAUAGAUGCUUGUAUAAGGCAUUUGCUCGUGCCAAUGUUGGUGCAAGUAGGGCGCAUCGUUACAUAAAGGAACAAGUGGGUGGGUAUCAAAAUGUUGGAUGUAGUAAGCAAGAUUUGAAAAACUUUCAAAGAGACUUGAGCCUUCAUAUUAAAGAUUAUGAUGUUGACAUGUUUAUUGAGAAUUUUAAGAAAAAACAAAAAAUCGAUCCUUCAUUUUAUUUUGCAUAUGAGAUAAGCAAGGCCACACGUCAACUGAGACAUGUAUUUUGGGCAGAUGGCAUUUCUAGAAAGAAUUAUGCAUUAUAUGGAGAUGUUGUGUCAUUUGAUACUACUUAUGACACUAACAGAUAUAAGAUGAUCUUUGCUCCAUUUACUGGUCUUGAUAACCACAGACUUUGUAUUACGUUUGGAGCAGCAUUUUUGGGGGAUGAGAAAGCUGAAUCAUUUUCUUGGUUGUUUGAAAAGUUCUUAGAUGCAAUGGACGGUCACAAACCUGUUUGCAUCAUCACUGAUCAAGAUCCUGCAAUGAAAGUAGCCAUCAAAAAUGUUUUUGACACGUCUACUCAUAGGUUUUGCAUAUGGCAUAUAAUGAGAAAACUUUCAGAAAAGGUGGGAAGCACUUUGAGUAGUAACGAAGUUUUUAUGAACCAAUUUAAGUCCUGUGUGUAUAAUUCAGAGACAAAGGAGGAAUUUGAAUCAUCGUGGAAAUCAGUUGUCAAUGAAUUUAAGUUACAAACUAAUGAUUGGCUUUCUCAGAUGUUUUCGAUUAGGGACUUGUGGAUACCAGCUUAUUUCAGAGAUGUUUUCUUAGGAGCUGUGUUACGGACAACGUCGAGGUCUGAAAGUGAGAAUAUAUAUAUGUACUAA